UCUCCCCCCACGCACGUUCUCUAUGGGGUUACAUCAGCCUCCCCGUGCUCUCUGUGGGGUCACACCUCCCACUCCCAUGUUUGCUCCCAUCCUCCCAUAUCCCAGCAGGGCUGGUCCCUUCUCUUCCCCCCAGAACGGUACCAGGUGCCGGGCAGCCCCCAGCCCCGGGGGAGGAGCAGCCCCUUGUGCCCCCCCUUCCAACGUUGCUUUCUGCCCCAUAGGGAAGUACAUCGCCUCUACGCAGCGCCCUGACGGCACCUGGCGGAAGCAGCGGCGUGUGAAGGAGGGCUACGUGCCACAGGAGGAGGUGCCGGUGUAUGAGAACAAAUACGUGAAGUUCUUCAAAAGCAAGCCUGAGCUGCCCCCGGGGCUGAGCCUGGAGCCCAACACCCAGCCCAGCAAGCAGCCCAGCAAAGCGGAGGGUGGGGAGAGUGGACUGUCCAAAACAGCAAAAAGGAACUUGAAACGCAAGGAGAAGAGGAAGCAGCAGCAGGAGAAAGGCGAGAGGGAAACAGACGAACUGAUCCAAUCGCUGGAGAAGGUCUCCUUGUCGGGGGGCAGCGGCGGGGACACGAGAGCGGCCGCACCGCAGCCGGCCUGCAGCGCCCAGAGCUCUGCUGACGGGGAAGCUGCAGCCUCAGAGAGAAGCAAGAAGAUCAAGAACCUGAGGAAGAAGCUGCGGCAGGUGGAGGAGCUGCAGCAGCGGCUCGACUCUGGGGAGAUAAAGCAGCCGACCAAGGAGCAGCUGGAGAAGCUGGGCCGGAGGAAAGCCCUGGAGGAGGAGCUGCAGGACCUGGAGCUGGACUUGUGAGGGGCGGGCCGUUGUGGGGCGUGGUGGGGCUGGCGUCCCAGCGCAGGCUGUCUGGACUGAGCGCCGGCCCCUCUUUCCCGAGGUUUUGUUUUGGGUGGGUGCCGUCGUUUUUCUUUUUCCACAACAGUUCUUUUGUUUGUUUGUUUGUUUGUUUGUUUUCCCAGCUAUCAGUGUUAGAAAGUCGGCAACUCUCAGAUA